CUACCACCACAUCUGGAACUAUGCCGACUUCAUGGGGCUGCAAUCGGGCGCUGAUCGAGCAAGUACAGCUGAUGCUCAAGGAGAACUCCCAGUUCCUGGCCAUUGGCGGCGACCAUGCGAUCGGGUUUGGUUCCGUGGCUGGGCACCUGCAGCACACACCGAAUCUGUCGUUGGUCUGGAUCGAUGCGCACGCGGACAUCAACCUGCACAGCACCUCGCAGUCAGGCAACAUCCACAGCAUGCCCGUGUCCUUUCUGCUCGAGCAGCUGCGUACCACCUGACAGCAUGAUGACCUCCAAGAGAUCGCUCCCAACUGUUUCAGAUUUUUGGAGGCUGUGCCCCAGCUGCCUGGAAUUCGAUGCCCGAAGCGAUGGCUUCUACGUGGACAAGAAUGGCGACAAUAGACUGCGAAUGCAACAAACAAAAAGAAAAACACUGAACACUUGCUGGAAGCUGAAUAAAAAAUGGAACAACAAUAACAACAUUAACAAUAGCAGCCAGCAGCAACAACAACCAAACAGAAGUGAAACAAGAAACAGCAACAAAAUACCUCCAGCUGUACAAAUAUUGCUUGAUAUUGAGAAACAAAUAUAAAGCAUAUAUAUACCAAAAUAAAAUUAAAAUUGAAAUAAAAAAUAAAAAAUAAAACAAAACAAAAACGAUGAAUGUGAAAAUGUAACAUUUAACUCAAUUAUCCGCCUUCCCCGUCCAGAAAAUACAAAUUAAAACUAAAGCGUGAAAACCUAAGGAAAGAUGUUGCCGAUUUCCAGCGAAAGUGUGACCAAGUGAACUAAAUUAUAUUCAAAAAAAAUAAUCAAAUAAUAUAAAUCCCAUUAUUUGUGUUCUAAAGUGAACUAAAUUAUAUUCAAAAAAAAUAAUCAAAUAAUAUAAAUCCCAUUAUUUGUGUUCUUUUUUUUUUAAUUUGUUUCCCCUGCAAACACUCAAAUGCAAAAACAAAGUACAAAGAACCACAAAGAAGAAACGCAGCGAUAACAAAGUGAAAUGCAAACUGCAUAAGUUGAUAGCAAUCGCAACAACAACAUCGCAACACAACAAAGUAAUACAAAAUAUAUAAUUUCCAAAUUCAACAAAAAAAGCCGCAUCCUCCGCCCCCAGCAGCAGGCAGAGAGAACGAGACGCAAGGCCCCAAGCCCCGAGAGGGGGAGAGAGCAGGCAAACCAAACAAACGGUCCGAGCGGGAGAGUGGGCGUGGGAGAGACCCAGAGCCAAGGGCAAGCUUGCAGAGAGAGAGUGUGCGAGUGGGAGAGUGUGCGAGUAGAGAGAGCGCGAGCGAAAAGCUUCAUGCAGAAAAA